GUAGAAUCUAUGUGUGACUUGUCUUGAGCCUCGACUUGAUCAAACUAAUUCUGCACGAAAGUGGAAAUAGUCAACUACACCGCAGUUGAUUGAAAAUGGGAGGUGCUGCGAGUAAGUCCAAAUCCGUUGCACAAGCAAUUCCCAAAGUGGCCGCAGCCAGGCCCUCUGGAUCAGCACAAGCUGGCGCAGCACCGCCGCGGAGUGCAGCGCAGACUGAAGGUCAUAGCCGAGGACAUAGUAGCCAUGGAGAAGGCCCAACAUCACCAUCGUUCUCAGCGAACGAGGCAGUGGAGAGAGGCAACGAGCAAGCAGAGAUCGCCCGACGACAACAUGCGAGGCCUGCGAAUAUAGCAAGUAUGCCCGAGGACUCAACCGACGAGGGGCCAGAUGCAGGCCUUCUGGAACGCUUACAGAACAUGGUUGUGGAGUCGACUGACAAGGAUGUCGAGAGGCCGUCGCAUCCGCUGAAACUGCCGCUGAAAGGCACAAGAAGACGGCAGAUGGCUGACGGCGGUUUGACGCUGCCGAAAGGCUAUUCCACAUACAAACAUAUUAUGAUGGCAUUGCACUUCAAGCAGCUGCAGAGGGAAGGCUUCCGAACCGCCGAGGACAUUGCGGCUCGAUUGGAAAUCGCCGAGGACGAUGCCCGUGCACUUGUUCGCUACUUUGCCGUGUUCAAGGAGGUGAUCGAUGACUCGAACUAUGCAAUUGACGAACGUGUUCAACAUGCCCAACCGAACCUUGAACAAUAUACCGGUCUUAGCACCCGGAGGAUACCCAAACCUGACCCGUAGGCGCCCCGCCGCAAGUAACAAGGUCCACGGCAAGCUGCUAUUUGAGAUACAGUAGUAGACUGUCCAGCACGCUGUACCGUAGAGUUCACCUAUGGAGUGUUGUGAGCGCCAGUACCGGGAUGUGCUGCAGAUGGAUUCACACACACACAGGCCUUACUAACCAGUUGAGCAGCUGUAUAUGCAGCUGUGCAAUACUUGGCUUCUGUUGUUGCAGCAGCAGCCUGCCUGCCUCAGCAUAGGCUGUCAUGACUGGCCGAGACUUUCCCAUCAGUGGCUAUAGUGUGCCACCUGCUUGCAAGCAGAACUAAAUGUCGCGUCUACUGUAUGAUGAUGAUGAUGCGAACAGUAUUGCUGCUGACAAGGGAGCAUUUCAUUGUUGCUGCAAGGUUACGUUCAUUCUCUGUUGCAUUGCUUUCUAUUUAUAUGGGGCGUUGUGCCGAUCAACUUGAUUACGUGCAGCCCCGGAGGCUCAUGUGUGCAUUUCAAUACUACACAGUUGCCAAAGUAUGGACAUGAUUGUGUAACCCUCGA